AUGGGGAAUCGGCUACUGUUUCUGGACCGCAGCGGGCUGAUCCUACUAUACAUUUUCCUGAGGACGCUACAGGAGUCUGGGGCAGGGCACAUCCAAUACUCGGUGCCCGAAGAGACAGAUAAAGGCUUCUUCGUGGGCAAUAUUUCCAAGGACCUGGGGCUGGAACCCUGGGAGCUGGCGGAACGCCGAGUCCGCAUCAUCUCCAGAGGCAGGAUGCAGCUUUUCGCUCUGGAUCCGCGAAGUGGCAGCUUGAUCACUGCAGGUAGGUUAGACCGGGAGGAGCUCUGUGAGACACUGUCCUCCUGUUUUUUUAAUAUAGAGAUACUUGUGGAAGAUACCCUGAAGAUUUACGGAGUGGAGGUGGAAAUAAUGGAUGUUAAUGAUAACGCCCCCAGCUUCCAGGAGGCAGAAAUAGAGAUAAAAGUCAGUGAGCACGCAACUCCAGGAUCGAGAUUUCCCCUUCCUAACGCUAGGGAUCCAGAUGUAGGAAUGAACUCUCUCCAGCGCUACCAGCUCAAUCCUAACAGUUACUUUUCCUUGCAAAUGCGAGGCGGGAUGGAUGGGGCCAAGAAUCCUGAACUAGUGCUGGAGGGGAGUUUGGACCGGGAAAAGGAGGCUGCUCACCAUCUCCUCCUCACAGCUUUCGAUGGAGGAGAUCCCAUCCAACAGGGUGCUGUUGCCAUUCGUGUAGUGGUCCUCGAUGUAAAUGACCAUAUACCAAAGUUUACACAGUCUGUAUAUCAAGUGAGUAUUCCUGAAAACCUCAGCUCUGGAACUCGGGUUCUCAUGGUAAAUGCAACUGAUCCAGAUGAGGGAAUCAAUGGGGAAGUGGUGUUUUCAUUCCGGAAUAUGGAAAGCAAAGCUUCUGAAAUAUUCCAGUUGGAUUCUCACACUGGAGAAGUUUUAAUACGAGGGUCUCUGGAUUUUGAGAAAUCUAGAUUUUAUGAGAUGGAAAUUCAAGGCCAAGAUGGAGGAGGUCUCUCGACCACUGCUAAGAUAUUGAUCACAGUUGUGGAUGUGAAUGAUAAUGCUCCAGAAAUAACUAUCACAUCUUCUACUAAUUCAGUGCUGGAAAACUCUCCUCCAGGUACAGUUAUUGCUCUUCUAAAUGUGCAAGAUCAAGACUCUGGAGAAAAUGGUCAAGUCUCAUGUUUCGUUCCUAACAGUCUGCCUUUUAAAUUAGAAAAGACUUAUGGAAAUUAUUACAAAUUGAUAACAAACAGAGUGCUGGACAGGGAGCAGGUCCACAGCUAUAAUAUAACCUUGAUAGCCACAGAUCAGGGACAUCCACCCUUGUCUACAGAAACUCACAUUUCACUGAAUGUAGCAGAUGACAAUGAUAACCCACCCACUUUUGCUGAUUCCUCUUACUCCGUCUACAUUCCUGAAAACAACCCCAGAGGAGCUUCCUUCUUCUCAGUGAUGGCACUUGACCUGGACAGCAAUGAGAACUCCCGGGUCACUUAUUCCCUAGUGGAGGAUACCCUGCAGGGAGCACCUUUAUCCUCCUAUGUCUCCAUCAACUCAGACACCGGCACCCUAUAUGCACUGCGCUCUUUUGACUAUGAACAGUUCCGUGACCUGCAAGUGUGGGUGACAGCACUGGACGGUGGGAACCCGCCACUCAGCAGCAAUGUUUCUGUGAGCAUAUUCGUGCUGGACCAGAAUGACAAUGUGCCAGAGAUCCUGCACCCCACCCUCCCAACCGAUGGUUCCACUGGUGUGGAGCUGGCACCCAGGUCAGCUGAGCCUGGCUACCUGGUGACUAAGGUAGUGGCGGUGGACAGAGACUCUGGCCAGAAUGCCUGGCUGUCCUACCGCCUGCUCAAGGCCAGCGAGCCAGGGCUCUUCGCAGUGGGGCUGCACACGGGCGAGGUGCGCACAGCACGGGCCCUGCUGGACAGAGAUGCGCUCAAGCAGAGCCUGGUGGUGGUGGUGCAGGACCAUGGCCAGCCCCCUCUCUCGGCCACCGUCACGCUCACCGUGGCCGUGGCUGACAGUAUCCCAGAUGUCCUGGCUGACCUAAGCAGCUUCGAGUCUUCUGCCAAUCCCCACGAUUCUGGCCUCACACUCUACCUAGUGGUGGCGGUGGCAGUUGUCUCCUGCGUCUUCCUCGCGUUUGUGAUUGUGCUGCUGGCGCUCAGACUGAGGCACUGGCACGCGACACGUCUGCUCCAGGCUUCAGGAGGCAGUUUGGUUGGCAUGCCUACCUCGCACUUUGUGGGCGUGGACGGGGUGCAAGCUUUCCUGCAGACCUAUUCCCAAGAGGUCUCCCUCACGGCGGACUCUCGGAGGAGUCACGUGAUCUUCCCUCAGCCCAACUAUGCGGACAUGCUUAUUAGUCAUGACAGCUGUGAGAAAAGCGAGCCACUCUUGAUAGCUGAAGAUUCAGCUGCUGGUUUAGGCAAAUUUGACUCCAAGAAUGAUCAGGUGAGAUUUAUUACCUACCUCCCAGUUGUUGCUAUCUCUGUGCAAGUCUUUUAA